UGGAGCUGCUCCUAGCAUUUCAUAGGACUAUUGUUCAGGCUUCCUUGCCUCACCUUCAGUCGCGGAUCUCAAACACAGCCAAACACACCAUCCUGAGUGCUUUUGAAGCAAACUUCGAGGCCCCAAUCGAUCAAGAAAGGCAAAAGCCCUCCCCCGUCAAAAAGAUAUCAGCCGGGAGAUCCGCUGUCCCAGCGCCAACAAAAUGCCGUCCGGUCCCUCCUCGCGGGAAGAGACGGCCGAAAUCUUCAAGCAUCUCAAAAAUCAGGCAAAGCAGAACAAGGUCUGCUUUGACUGCGGGGCGAAGAACCCGACAUGGGCCUCCGCCACAUAUGCCAUCUACAUAUGCCUUGACUGCUCUUCCGUGCACCGCAACCUCGGCGUGCAUAUCACUUUUGUUCGCUCCACCAACCUGGACAGCUGGACCUGGGCUCAGCUGCGCUUCAUGAAGGUCGGUGGGAACGGCGCUGCGGCCGAGUUUUUCAGCAAACAUGGCGGGCAGGGGCUGCUGAUGCCGGGCACGGAGGGCAAGGUCAAGUAUACCAGCAACACUGCGAGGAUGUAUAAGGAGGAGCUGAACAAGCUCGCGUUGGCGGAUGCUAAGGGGCAGCCGCUCGGCAGCCCGGUCAUCUUCCCAGGUAUGACAUCGGCCGCAUCUGGCGCGAAUGGCGCAGCAUCAGCUGGAAAGGCCAAUGCAGGGGAUGGCGAAGAUGACUUCUUCGAUGACUGGGAUGAUGCCCCCAAGAAGAAAGCUGCAGUGACAGCAGCAGCAGCCGCUCGGCCGGCUGGUCUACCUGGGAUCGGCGCUGCCUCUCGCCCACUGGCAACACCAGUAACGACAACGGCAGCAGCUCCUAAGCCCAAGCCAGUCCCAGCAGUACGGCCUGCAGCAGUGUCAUCCUCCUCCUCCUCCAAUAGUACUACCGCCACAGGUGGCGCCGGCACGCGUCGAACUGGGCUCGGAGCCAUCCGAACUGGUGCGACCGGCGCAGGAUCCUCCGCUGGCGGUCUUGGCGCAGGGAGCAGCAAGGGCAAGCUCGGGGGUGUGAAGAAGGCUGUCGGUGCCAGCUUCAACUUUGAAGAAGCGCAGAAACGCGCCGAGGAGGCGGAAGCGCGCAAGCGCCAGGAGGAGGCCGAGGCGAUCGCUGCGAGUGCCGCGGCUACCGCGUCGGCGAAUGCUAGAGCUGGGAAUGGGAGUGAGGCGGUGGCAGAAGCCACAGUGGAGGAGAUGGCGCGCAAGGCUGUGCAGGCGGCCAUCGCCAGCACCGGCUCGCCCGUCAACCCUUCUUUCGCUGCUUCGUUAUCGUCGUUAACAUCUGCAGCUGCUAUGCCGGCGACGCCUACGUCUCCCGCGUCGAGUGGGAAGAAGGUGUCGGCGGAGGAGAUCGAGCGACUCGGGAUGGGCUUUGGCAAGCUCGGCUUGAAGGCCGAGCGCCUCCGGCUGCAGAACGAAUCGGACAAGCAUUCCACGAGGCAGCAGGCUGAGGCAGACACCCCCAACUAUGCACGCAGCAAGUUCGGCGGUCAGAAAGCCAUCUCCUCCGAUAUGUACUUUGAGCGCGGCGGCUACGACCCCAAUGUUUCUUCCGAGGCACAGCAGCGCCUGGCCGGCUUCAGUAACGCGACAUCGAUCUCGUCGAAUCAGUACUUUGGGCGCGAAGAGGAGGAGGACGGCCUGGGUGACGAUGACGGCUGGAGCGGGCGCGGCUACGGCGGAAGUCGCAAUGGCGGAGGGCUCGUUAAUGGCGACUUUACUGAGCUGGAAGCGACAGCGAAGGAGUACUACCAGCGUUUCAUGAGCAACCCGGAUGUCCAGAACGGCAUCGAGAGCUUCCGGAGCGGCGCGCUGAAACUCGCUCAACUGCUCGAGGAGACAGCACGCAAUGGCUCCUAGUGGGGUAAGGAGGAUUGCGAUGCACUGGUAAUACGACGUAAGACAAGACGAGCCCAGGUUCUCAAGAGACGCUUUAAUCGUCGCACUGUGUCCCUCUUUGUAAUCGGAUGGAGGAAAUUGAUAUGCUCUGCAUGUGUU